AUGGAGAAGAGUUUGAGGUUUUCUACUGUUCUCUGCUUAAUAAUUCUAACAGUAGAAAUUGUUGGUCUUAAUGGGGUUGAGCUAAAAAUUGACACACAAGACAAUGUCACCUUAGCAACCCUGUCUCCUCAUAAGGGUAAUAAGGAACAAGUAAGAGAAAAGUUACACAACAAUGAAGUUCUAUUUAAUACAAGUAAAGGUAGUUUGUAUAGUAGAAGAGGUGGCGGUGGCGGUGGUGGAGGUGGAGGAGGAUUUAAAUGGGGAUGGGGUGGAGGAGGUGGUGGUGGAGGGGGAGGUGGUGGUGGUGGUGGUGGAGGAGGUGGUGGUGGAUGGGGCUGGGGAGGAGGAGGAGGAGGGGGUGGUUGGUGGAAAUGGGGGUGUAGAAAAGAACCAAUUAGAUCACAUGUUAAAGGGAAGCAUGAAGUUAUGAGGGGUAUGAAGCAUCAUCAUGAUGAUACAUCCAAGGGAGAUUAUAGAGUGGGAGAGUUUGCACAAUGCAUGGUAAGAACAAGGUGCAAAGGUAUGAGGUUGGAUUGUCCUCUUCAUUGUGGUGGACCUUGUUUCUAUGACUGCCACCAUAUGUGCAAAGCUCAUUGUAAUCGACCAUGAAUUAAACCAUAUAUCAUAUCAAGCUUAUUAAUUA